AUGGCUUCCAUAAGCGACAAUUGUAUACUGUGUAAAGAACCUGUGAGAGAAUGGCAGCAAGGUGUUCAGUGCGAUGGUUGCCUGAAAUGGAAUCAUAGCACUGUUUUGAUACAGGAUAGGUGUUGUAGCAAUCGUUGCUUAGUUUACAGUAUUUUUCUCACAGGUAUUUCUCAACAAGACUAUCGUGCUGCUGUGAGGGCAGGUGCCGAUAUUGUUUGGUUUUGUCCGUCCUGUGGUCCAGAGUGUCCAAUCACAGAAAGCACCAGAGUCACGGAGACAUCAACGGGCAUCUUAGAAUCUGACGAAUUCAACCCUCCAGUGAGAGAUGAGUCAGCCGACUUAUUCACAGAUCAGUCCACCAACCCUCCUGUGAGCAAUGAAUCAGCCGACUUAUUCGUAGAGCAGUCAGCCAACCCUCCAGUGAACGGUGAAUCGGCCGACUAUGCAGAUCAGUCCCCGGCCCAGCCAGUUAUCGAAGAAUCGUCCAUCGAGGGUCCUGUGCCAUUACCAGUGGAACCAGUCAACCAACCGCUUGCCUUCGAAAUUGUGGAGGGUGGUAGUGAAAGGGGGAAACAAAAACUCAUUGACAGCUGGGGAUAUAGCUAUAACAUAAAAAGGCAGCGUGUCAGUGCCACGGAUUGGCAAUGCACCAUACGACCAAUGGGUAACCGCUGCAAGGCUACGGUGAUUCAGAGAUCUCAGAAUGUGUUUGAAUUUGGCAAGAACGACCAUAACCAUGCGGCUCCAGUAGGAGCAGCGGUUGCUGUUAAGAUCAAAUCAAUAAUAAAACAGGAAGCAUCGAAGGACGUUUUCAGGCCUGCUUCUGCGGUGGUAAACGAUAUCCUUCUUAGCGAAUUAACCAAUGCCCCUUGCCCCAGCCUGCCACGUGUAGACAGCCUACAGUGAACAGCCAACCGUUUCCGUGCGGCAGGUAUAUUUUGCAGGUUGCAGGUUGAAAUUUAAUUAUAACUUGAAAACCGCUGGCACUUAAAAGAA